CUGCUCUUUGCCAGACGCAAAUGCGUGAAAGCACCUUCUCCGUGCUCGCCUCGAUUCUGCACAUUGGCAAUCUGUACUUUGAGAAAGCCGACGUUCGCGGUGUCGAGGGCUGCAUCAUUGACUCGGCGGAUGAGCUAAUGGCCGUUGGUGCACUGCUGGGCGUAGCACCGGACGGUCUGCAGACGUGUAUAACCAACAAAGUGACAGUGACCAGAGGCGAGCUGUUCAAGACACCGUUGAAAAUCGUGCAAGCUCUGGACGCACGGGAUGCGCUUGCCAAAGCACUCUACUCGCGACUGUUCAGUUACAUCGUCGCCCAGAUCAAUGAAAUUGUCUGCCAACAGGUCAAGACCACAUCGGUUGCCAUACUUGACAUCUUUGGCUUUGAGGACUUUCACAUCAACUCCUUUGAACAGCUGUGCAUCAACUUUGCCAACGAGAAUCUGCAGUUCUACUUCAACCAGCACAUCUUCAAACUGGAGCAGGAAGAGUAUGAGAAGGAGCAGAUUUGCUGGUCAAAGAUAACAUUCAAAGAUAAUCAGCCGUGCCUGGAUUUGAUCUGCAAACGGCCAGUUGGCUUGUUCAGCAUACUGGAUGAUGAGUCAAACUUUCCCAAGGCAAGUGAUGAGUCAUUUCUGGAGAAAAUCCACCAGCAACAUGGCAAGAAUUCUUACUACAUACGACCGAAAGUGAAGAACGGCAAGUUUGGCGUCCGGCACUACGCCGGAGAUGUUAUGUACACGGCCAGUAUGUUCCUCGACAAGAACCGAGAUACACUGAGACCGGAUCUGAUUGAGCUGCUCCACAACAGCACAGCACCGAUGGUGUGCAAGCUGUUUGAUCAUGACUACGCAAUCUUGCAAGAGAUGCAAACCAUGCUCCCCGGUAGCAACAGCCGCAAGAAGCGAGCACCGACCGUUGCAGCAAAGUUCAACUCGUCGCUCACGGAACUGAUUGCGGCCAUGUCACAGUGUCAUCCCUAUUUUGUACGGUGCAUAAAGCCAAAUUCUGAACAGAAACCCAAUGCAUUCGUGAAAGCAAUGGUGAUGGAGCAGCUGCGGUAUUCUGGAAUGCUGGAGACUAUUCGUAUCCGACGUGCCGGCUAUCCGACCCGUGUCACGUUUGAAAUCUUUGCUCGAAGGUAUCUAAUCCUGGCUGGCUCUGAUCGUCAGCUGAUGAAGAAGGAUCCAAAGUCAGCAUGUAUCAAGAUACUUCGACAUGCCGGCUCAGCGUCCAGUGAAAUGUUCCAAAUUGGUCUAAGCAAGGUGUUCAUGCGUGAGGCUCUGGAGCAGGUUCUUGAAGAAGCCCGUGCCCGGAUGCUGCACAAGUACGUGGUUUUACUGCAGAAGAACACCAAGGCGUACGUGUACAGGCAGCGGUACAGCAAGCUGCGCCAAGCCGCGGUCUGUCUACAAGGACAUUUGCGAACGAGAAACCUUCGGAAACUAUUCAACAAGAAGCGGAGGGGCGCCGUCAAGAUCCAAGCCGCCUGGCGCAUGCAGCACCAGCGGCGAAUCUACAUCAAGCUGCGGGACGAAGAGAGAGAACGGAAGCGGCGAGAAGAGGAGGAGAGAAGGCAACUGGAGGAAGAGAGGAAGCAACAGGAGGAAGAAAACCGGAGACAAGAGGAGGAGAAGAGGCGGCAAGAAGAAGAAGCACGAAGGCAGGCUGAGAAGGCCAGAAAGGAGGCUGAACAACAGAGGAAGGAACAUGAGGCAAAGGCGAAGAGAGAAGCUGUUGCAGUAGCCGAGAAGAAGGCAUUCGAGGAGCAGGAACGGAAGAAGCUGGAGGAGGCCGAGCGCCUAGAGAAAGAAGCCAAGCGAUUCCAGGCUGAAGCGCAGACUAUGCAGCGUGAGGCAAAGCGCAUAGCAGCGCUGGCCAAGCCCAAGAUGGUUGAUGUAACCACUUUGGAAAUGCCUACUGACCUGGUCAAGUUGAUGGACCGGGUAUCCGGAGGUUGGAAGCCCUACACGGCUGACAAGGGUGUUGGCGAUUUGCACAGGUUUGAGGAAGUCUUGGUGCAGCCAGCAAACAUUGGGCCAGAGCCUGAGCAGGUGGAGACGUACGCAUUCAGCAAGUAUGCCAGUGCAUUUUUCAGGGAAGGGCAGGCAUAUGAGAUGCGUGGUGUGCCCCUCGAACACUCCCUCCUGCCAUUGACGCAGGCCCUGGAAGCAGAGGCUCUACUUCUCUUCCAGCUGAUCAUGAGGUUCAUGGGAGACCAAGCACUGACUGGAAGCUUGCAGUCGAUCGUUGCCAAGUACAUUGUGCAAAAGGCUUGCAAUCACUUUGAGCUGAGGGAUGAGCUGUUUUCCCAAGUGGCCUGUCAGUUACACGGUUCCAGCGGUACAGUGCACGAGAACGGCUGGCUGCUGAUGGCUCUGGCACUGUCAUGUGUUCAACCCAGCAACAAGCUGUACAAGUACCUCUACAACUUGGUCGUUUCUCAAGCACCAGAUGGACAUAAAGACUACUGUCUGCAGUGCAUGAGGAGGAGUUCUGCAUUGCAAGGUGCCGGACGCAGUUACCCGCCAUCACUGCUUGAGAUGAGCGCGUUGGAAGCAAGGAAAACCAUGGCAUUGCAGUUUGAUUUCGUUGAUGGUAAAUGUAUGAGGUGUACUGUGGAUUCUCUGACGACUGCCGAGGAGAUCGCAAGCCAUCUGGUCUAUGCCAGGGGUGGCCCGAAGGAUUCUCCAGGCUGGACUGUAGCACUCCAGAGAGCCAACGGGUAUCACGAACUGUCUGGGUUUGAGCACGUCAUGGACUUAGUGGCAGGACUUGAGCUGCCGGACGGCUUCCCGGAUGGCAAACAGCCCGGCAUUGGUCAGGGUGCUCUACAUCGUAGCAGAAAUCCUCUCAAAGAAGCACCGCAGUACCUGGACAAGAUGUUUGGAUCUGCCACAGAUCGGGCUAAUGGUGGCCGUUCCCCUGCGUUCGGCCGUGCGAUCAGAGUGCUGCCUGUUCCUGGAGCUGACGAUCGGAGCGAUGGCACAGCUGGCGCAAAGGCGGAGAGUAGCCAGCUUGACUCAUUGCUGAAUGCGUGUGAGGACGCUCUUGUCAGUGACGUGUUGGGAACGGCGAAGCAAAAACACUUGAAUAUCUCCUUCUCGGACAAGCCAGCUCUAGUGUUGCCUUCGCUGAAGAAACACAUUGGCGCUGAUCAAGAAUUUGACAAGCUUCUUUCGUACAAUACACCAUCGUUCAAGUUUGUUAUCAGGAAAGAGAUGCUGCAUCACACGGACAAGCUAUCGGAUCUGCUAGCCAAUCAGCUCAUCUAUUUACAGAUUGUGAAAGAUGCACUGGGCAAAUUCCAGCCAAGGUUGACACGGGAAGAUCGGCAAGUACUGCUCAGAUUACUAGAUCAACACCAGGUCAACUCUAACAAUUUUGUGAGCCAGCCGAGCUUCGUGAAGAAGGAGAUUGUCCAGGCCGCUAGGGCCUUCCCCAUAUACUUUGCAAGAAUUUAUCCUGUAACGGGCGUAUCUGAAGAGUCUCGCAACUGUACACAUCUUGCUGUUGGACACAAUGGUAUAUCCAUGCUGCAAUCAUUAGCAAGCGGAUACAAGAUCAUUGCUUCAUUCUUGCUUACCAAUGUUGAAGACUUCUCAGCCACCGAACAAGGAGUUCUAAAACUGACGCUUCGCAACACCGCCAUGGAGUUCACAACUAAGAGGGCGAGUGUUAUUGCAGAUACUAUUGAGAAUUGGAUGAGACACUUGGAACAGGAUGCUGGCUAUGUCCUGGCAACUCAAGACUACAUCACUGCUGAGGACUCGUUGCUCAGCUUCCACACAAAUGACAUCAUCAAACUGGAGGAGAAGGAAGGCGGCAAUGAAGACGGUUGGCUGUUUGGUGCAAUGGGCAUCAAGUAUGGCAGUUUCCUUGCCGACCUCGUCACACCGAUCAUCGGUGAGCCGACGGAGCAAGCAGUGGAACAAGCCAAGCUGCUCAUUAAGAAGAAGAUGAAAAGAGAUCAGGAUGAGCGGCGUAAGCAACGCGCCGCAGAAAAGCAGCGGCAACGCAGCAACCUGGCCAGUGUGUCGUCCGAUGUCAGUGUCACCUCACAGGAACUGGCCAGUGGGAAGUUCUCCAUGUUGGAGUUCGCCAUCCAGCACUUCCGAUACGGGCAGGAAAGAACUGAGGCAGAAAAGAAGCUCCAGGGAUCCUUCCGUGGCACUGUGCGAUCGCUGAUGGGUCGAAGUGACAGUAAACGCAGUAAGUCUUGGAGCUGGAGGGAGUACGCUGACUUAGUAAAGUUCACCAAGUCCCCAAUACAGGCUUCCCUGCUGAAGAUUGACUUCAAGCACGCACAAGCAAACAAGCUAGCCGUCGAGUGCUUCCUCGCAAUCAUGCGCUUCAUGGGCGACUACUUGAUGAAGGGCAGUCAGGACACUGAUCUUGUAUACUUCCUGUUGAAGACAUGUCAUGAUCAUGAAGACCUGCGUGAUGAGGUCUACUGCCAGCUAAUCAAACAGACAACAACCAACAAAAGCACAAGGCCAGAAAGCUGUGCGAGAGGCUGGAGACUGCUGAUGAUCUGUACAGCAUACUUCACCUGCUCUGAACGCCUGAGGCCCUACUUAUUCACCUACCUGCAAGCUACAGCACAGAACACUAAGCGGGAGUUCCAUGCAAUCGCCGGCAUCUGUGAGGCGAAUCUCAGGUUGACAUUCCGCCUGGGCGGUCGCAAGGACCCGCCUAGCAAGUUGGAACUGAAGGCUCUUGCCGGUGGGCGACACACAAAGCGGCAACUGUUCUUCCUCCCUGGUGAAGUGGGCAAGAUGGUCAAGGUCAAGACAUGCACGAUUGCGCAAGACGUCAUAAAGGAUCUCUGCGGUCAGAUUGGUCUUGCGUCUGACAUCGACUUGGACGAGUUUGCGUUGUUUGCUGAUCUUGGGAAACAAUCACUGCCGUUGCCCAUUCAGCCCAAUGAAUAUAUCCUAGACAUCACGACUAUGCUAGAACGACAGAAGCUAGACUACUGGCUGGGCUUCAAGAAGAUUGCCUGGUUCCAGCCGCUGCGUCUGGAGAGCACCCUGUUCGUCAACAUGCUGUAUCACCAGCUGCAGCCAGACAUAGCACGCGCCAAUCUGAUCGCGUUACCGGAGGGUAACAUGGAGUUGAGAGUGCAUCAGAUGCUAGUGUUGCUGGCUGCUCUGCAGCAUCGCAUCACCGACCACGACAUUGCACCUUUCAAAGCUCAAGUUGCCAAGCUUCUGCCUCCGAGUGUUGUGCACAUGUCCUCACCAGAAGAGUGGGUUGCAGCUGUCGUUCAAGACUGGGAUAAAUCAGCGAAGCGCUUGUCACCAGAUGCUGCCCGGAGACGCUACCUGAAUGAGGCAAUGAAGUUCUCAUUGUACGGUUCCUGCUUCUUUCCCAUCAAACACUGUUCGGAUGUAAACAUUCGCGGUGAAUGCCUGAUGGCCAUCAGCAAGACAGGAGUUCACUUCCUCAGCCACAAAACAAGGGAGGCGUUCUUGACCUACGCAUUCAGUGAUAUUGUUGCUGUGCGAAAGCUGCGUUCCAAUACCGGACAGCAGUUUGUAGAUCUGAAGUGCGGGAACCUGAUGCUGGUCAAAGUAACACGCUGCGAGACUGCCUAUGGUCGUGAAAUUGGAACCCUGAUAGCACUCUACAAGGAGAAGCUCCUUGAGGAGAAGAGACGCAGCGAGGCUCAUGAAGGUGUGUUUCGAGCCGAUGCUGCACUGGCUGCAGGCACCUACUAACAACCGACACUGGGCCAAAGUGGCUCAAGACAAGUAGACAUGCUUACUCAUCCCACUGGCAUCUACACCGCUACAAGUUGCACCUAGUACAUUGACUGCUUGUAGGCGCCAAGUUAGGGCUACGAAACUAAUUUUAACAAUAUGGAUCCGAGCUAUCACCACCUCAGACAACAUUUGGAUGCACAUUCGUGCAUGUAGGCACGAAUAAUAAUAUCUUUUGUUGAAUAAUAUUUUGAAAGCAGUGUGCAAUGCCACACAAUGCAGACACACGUUAGAAAGCACAAUAUUAAUUUUUGAAAGCAUCUUGUGAAACAAAGCGUUUGGCAAGAUUGCUAUGCAUGUGACCUUGACUGGCUGUGUACGCAUGAGAUUCCCAAUAUAACAGGCUGUCAUAAACAUUAUACAUCUUUACAAGCUAGGUGAAGUAUGUACUAGUAUGUUCACAUGACAUUCUCAACAUACAUGUAACAGGGCUGGUAUAGCUGCUUCACAUCGUCACAACAUACGUGAAGUAUAUUAUGUUAGUUUGCACUAUAAACUGUGUUCCAAUUAUUUCUUUAAAAGUUUGGCUGUGAUAGUUGAGGCAGA